UUAGAAAAAAGGUCAAUAAUAAAGGUUUAAAAGGAGCUCAACCAAAAAGAAAGAAAAACAAAAGGAAAAAAGAAAAGGAGAAAAAGAGUAAGAAGGAAAAAAAAAAAAACAAAGCCCUACACUCCCAAGACACUCCCAUUUGCUCCCCUCCUUCCCCCUCUGCUCUCUCUCUUCUCAUUCUCUCUCUAAACCUGGCAUCAGAUCAAAUUCAAACCCCUCGCGAAUCUACUCUUCCCAUCUCCACCAUUUCAUUCAUAAAAGCAAUCACAGUUCAUCUCCCAAACCUUCUCAUCAUUAUCUCUAUUUCUCUCGCUAAAUUUUGCUCUCUCCCUCUAUUUCUCUCUCUAUAUCAUAUCAGUAUAUCACACACAUAUAUAGGCAGCUAUAUUUGCCCAUACAAACAUGAGCAGUGGAGCCAGGGUUUCAAUUCCAAGCAGUGUUCGCAAGAUGAUCCAGAACAUUAAGGAGAUCACGGGCAAUCACAGUGAAGAGGAGAUAUAUGCAAUGCUCAAAGAGUGUUCUAUGGAUCCUAACGAGACCGCCCAGAAGCUCCUCCUUCAGGAUACAUUUCAUGAGGUCAAAAGGAAACGCGACAGGAGGAAAGAGAAUUCGAACAACAAAGAGUCUGCAGAAUCAAGGUGGAAGCCUGGCAUGCAGGGGCGAGGGAGUAGGGCUGGGCGGGGGAACUAUUCACCUCGCUACACACCUCAUGAUGCUGCUGGUGGCAAAAAUUCUAGUCCUGGAAAGGAAAAUGGAAUCAAUCAAGUUUCAGAGAAGGGUGUUGGUAUCUCAUCCUUGCCUAUCUCCCAGGAGACAAAAAAUAAAGAAAUCACUCCCAAUGAAAGCACUGUAACUGUCAUGAUCAAUGGUCCCACUGGUGUAGUUUCUGGAAAUACUGGUGUUGUACAUGCUGCCCAUUCAUCCGCAGGAAUUUUGGUGAACAAAUCUGAAGAGAGUUGUCCACCACCACUUCCGCCCCCCCUUGAUGCAAAGGAAAACUCCACCACUGAUUUUGGAACAGGGGACACACAUGGGCAGCUCACAGCAAGCUCAAGCAACAGCUCAGCUUCUAUGAAUCCAGCACAGCUGUCCGGAGAAUAUUUUUCAGUAUCAGAUCCAGUGCUGGUUCCAUCUCAGGAUUCACGGAUCCCUGGUACUGCGGGUACAAUUAAACGUGAAAUGGGAAGCCAGCGAACUCCAGCGGAACAUAUUUCGGUUAUCCCUGCAGAGAGCAAAUCAACUGUCGAAGCUUCCGAGGUUCAAAGCUCCUUCAUGCAAGGAAAGAUGCCAAGCAAAUCUCAGAGAAUUAUAAAGAAUCAACUUUCAGAGUCUGCACAACCUACAUCUUCUAUUCAUGUUGGCUCUUCUAUUAUUAAGCCUUCGUCUAAUUACCAUGGUCGGUCUCAACAAGCUAUCGGACCUCAAAAAGUUGGCCCUAGUAAGGAGUGGAAACCGAAGCCAACAAACCCUAAUCCUGCUCUAGGAUCUCAAGCAGCUUGUUCAUCUGAGGUCCCCACUACAGUGGAAACUAGUACUGAGUCACAUUCUGUAUUGGGCGUCCUUGAUACAAAGGAAACCACUGCAAAACUGCAUAGGAAGCUAGAUGAGUUACAUAUUUCAGAUACUCAACAUGUUAUCAUCCCAAAUCAUAUACAUGUCCCAGAAGCUGAAAAACUUGGAUUCUGUUUUGGAAGUUUUGAUGCUAGUUUUGGCUUAAGCACAAGCUAUAACAAUCAUCCCGACACUGAUAAGAGCCCUACGCCUCUUUCUGAAACUUCUGAGGGGAUUGAAGAAACUGUGGAGCAGUCCUCAAGCAAUCAAAAUGAAUUGGCAACCGCCGAAGAUGGAGAUUAUCCUGAUCAUCCCCAAUCACCUACACAUCUACCAGGAAAUUUAUCGUCUACUGAGGGCAAUGUUUCAUCCCGUGCAGUCCCGGAGUACAGUGAGUCAAAACAAGAGACUGCAUUGCCACCUGGAAGCAAUCAAUAUCCAGUGGUCCAUACUUCUCCUAACUACAGUUUUGGUUUCAUGCCACCACUGCUCAAUAGCCAGCUUGCACCAUUUGAGAACUCAGAGACUCAAGCACGCGAUGGUUCUCGCCUUCCAAGCUUUAUUGUUCCACAACCACUUGAUCCAACAAGCUACUAUGCCCAGUUUUAUAGGUCUGGUGCUGAUGGUGAGGGCCGCAUUUCCCCUUUCCAUUCACCUGGAGUUGCGACCAAAUACAAUGGGAAUGUUGCAAUGUUAUCUUCACAGAGUUCCCCGUCUCCUCAAGAGUUGCAGGUUGGAAAUAUGGUUUUGUCUUCAGCAAGCCCGACUCCACUCGCAACUCAACCUGCUGGGGUCAUGCAGAACUCAAUAGCCGUAACUCAGCAACCACUCCCUGUCUUCCGACAACCAACUGGGGUGCAUAUACCCCAUUACCCUCCAAACUACAUUCCAUAUGGUCACUAUUUCUCCCCAUUUUAUGUUCCACCUCCAGCCAUCCACCAUUUUUUAAGUAAUGGUGCAUUCCAUCAGCAACCUCAGGCUGGCAGUGUAUAUCCUGCUCCCCCAGCAGCAGCUGCCAAAUUUUCACUUUCACAAUACAAGCCAGGAACUAAUACUGGAAACUCAACCCAUAUUGGAGUGCCCGGAAGCUAUGGACCGUAUGGCUCCUCCUCAACCGGUUAUAGUCCCAGUUCAGUUGUGACAGCUGGUAACUCAACUGCUAAUGAGGAUCUUGCUGCUUCCCAAUUCAAGGAGAGUAAUGUCUACGUUACUGGGCAGCAGACCGAAGGUUCAGCCGUAUGGAUUACUCCACCAGGCCAAGAGAUUUCUGGCUUGCAAGCUAGUUCGUUCUACAACCUUCCUCAAGGUCAAGUGACUUUCGCGCCAACGCAGGCUGGCCAUGGUACCUUUGCUGGUAUCUAUCACCCUUCACAGGCAGUCACACCAGCAGCAGUUCAUCCGCUUCUACAACAGUCUCAGACUAUGGCUGGAGCUGCUGAUAUGGUUGGAUCUACGGCCAGUGUCUAUCAGCAGCCUCAACAUGCACAAAUUAACUGGCCCAAUAAUUAUUGAAAAGGAGCUGUUAUCUUUUGUAACCAGCAAGACAAAAGUGCAAUGCCCAAUUUUGGAACUUUGUAGGGAUUCCAAUAAAUUCAGAUGGAGGAAAACAUCAAGAAAAAAAUACAAGAUUGGCCGGGAUCGAGUGUAAAUCUGUGGAAGGAGGCUAGAGAAAUUGGGCGAUUGGCCAAUGGUGUCUCGGGAUUGCUUCUUGGUUGAGGAUAUAGAAAGGUGAAAUCCUCCUGUAACUAAUAAUGACCAUUUUAACUUAUUAGUUGAGGCAGGUGUGUGCAGAUCUGCUCUUACUUGCUGCUGGUACAUGGUUCCCUACACAACUGCACCUUCUUUUAAUCUCUUCUUUUUAUUUUUUUCUAAAUGUUCAACUUAUAUUUAGAGUUAAUGUGAGUGUCGAGAAACUUCCCCUUUUCCAUUUUCGCCCCUGCGAUAUUUUUCUUUUUAUCUGAUGAGGAUUCAUAGGACUCUGGAAGCUAAGGUUAGAUUUCUAGGGUAUGUUUCCCUUUCCUGUUUUGUCUAGUCUCUCUCUGCUGUCUUACCUGUAAAGUGAUUUUUGAUAGCAAGAUAGGAUGUACUUAAAACUGUUGUAAUUGGUAUUGUUAUAAGCAAAAGCAGCUUUCAAUUGUUUCA